AUGAGUCCACGAUCGUUAUCAUCAUGGUCACUGGCAUGCAUGCUUGUCAUCUUCGCCCAAGACGCGACCGCAACCUUUCGGUUUUCUGACAUCCAACUGAUCGUUGGGUUCUCCUCCGGUUGCACGACAUCCUACCAGAACUCCAUUAGCAACUGCAAUUUGAACGACCUGGCAGGUAUCGGUGGAUCCGGCUCCUGCUCUGCAAAUUGUCAAUCCAGCAUCAGAAGCGCGCAGUCGGCGGUUCAGCGGGCAUGUACUCGAGAAACGGCCGAUAGCAAUUCAUUGAUCGGCAAAAUAUUCGUCGGAGAGGCGGUUGACUUUCUAUGUUUGCCGGUCGUGCAGACGCUCACAACCACGACUACGGUGCCAUCGGCGAGGACAACAGCCGCAUCAACGAACACUGAAACUGCAACGACAGAAACCACUGCGGCGAGAUCAACAUCAUCAAGCAGUUCCCAAACGGAAACUUCUUCCACAGAUCGUAGCACGGCCACAACAGAAUCAUCAGCAUCAUCAUCCGAAACAUCUUCUUCCACCCUCGAGACUACAUCUUCCUCCCGAAGUACGGGCACGACGACUACCACAUCGGCGGCUGCAUCUACCACCACCGCUCGUUCCAACGGCGGCGACGCCGAUACUGGCGGUGGCGGAAGCCCCUUCGACCCCCCUUUCAACAGUGGCGCGCCCACUCUGGAGGCUUUACAGCCGUAUCUCCUGGCACUCACCUUCGUUUGGGCAUUAAUGGUGCUGCUCUAA